CUUAGCUUCUUAACUUACGGAGCCAACGGCAUUGCUAAUCCCGCCCCAGAGCACAUAAACUCUAGCAGGGACUGUUUGACAUCUGUUUUGGCAAGAAACAAUUAUCGAGGGAGAUGCUAUUAUCGAAGUAGACAUGGCUCAACGUUCCUCGUCUCGUGUCUGGCUUGUGACGGGCUGCUCGUCAGGCUUUGGGAGUCUUUUGGUUCCAGCCAUAAUCGCGCGUGGAGAUAGAGUAAUUGCUACCGCCCGGAGACCCUCUGCCUUGGCAGAACUUGACCUUCACAAGAACCUAACUACGAUGGAGCUGGAUAUUACAUCGCCGCAACCUGUACUCGACAAUAUUGUGCGUAGUAUCAUUAGCAAGUUCGGACAAAUCGACGUGCUGGUCAACAAUGCGGGGUAUGUUGCGCCAGGAGUCUGGGAAGAGAUAUCCCACGAAGAAACUACCGCACAGUUUAACACAAACGUUUUCGGGGCGCUGAAUCUCACUCGAGCUGUGCUACCUACGAUGCGAGAGCAAAAAUCGGGCACUCUUGUGUUUAUGAGCAGUAUUGCGGCAUGGCACGGCGUAGGCGCGGGGGGGCCGUAUUCCAGCUCCAAAUUUGCGUUAGAAGGUGCCGUGGAGUGUUUAGAAAAGGAGACCGUCCAUCUCGGCAUCGAGACAUUUCUGAUGGUUCUUGGGCAGUUCAGAACUGACAUAUUGAAUGCCGCACGGAAGCAAAAUAAAAAAGACAAUCCAAUAGAAGACUAUGAGCGAAUUUCAGAAGAACUGAGACACCGCCAUCAGGAGACAAGUGGUAAGCAGCCGGGCGACCCAGAGCUGGCUGUCGAGCGGAUACUAGACGUUGUCAGGCGCGAAGGCCCGCUAAAGAAUUUCCCGAGAUUGCCAUUGCGCAUUCCUCUUGGUUCGGAUGCAGUUCAGGUGAUGCAAGCAAAGUGUGAAGAGACAUUAGGCAUCCUUAAGUCGCUAGGAGACAUAGCAAGGAGUACUGAUUACCCAGAUGCUGAUGACAUACCUACCUACUUAAGAUAAUAUACUUUUUAAGCAAGGAGAUCCGUCGUUUGUAGCUUAAUUUUCUAGAAGGGCAAAGCGGUUGCUUUUUUACAUGUAACAAACCUAAGCGCCUUGAGAAUUACUAGAUAAAAAAAUACAGAGCAU